UUAGGUAGUUAACCAGUCAUAAGUCACCCGCAAACGCACCAAUUUUUAACCGCAGUACCAGUCGUACAAAUCUCUUAAAACCGCUAGAAACCGCAACCGCCCGCAUCCACAAACUCUCGCAACCGCAACCACAACCGCUGCGUUUGAACCAGUCAGGCCUUAAAUAAAACAAAUUCACAAUGGAUAAGCUUGGAGAACAUAUGUUUGGUGUAGGGGUGGGCGUUCGGGUACCCAUUCGGUUUCGGUUCGAGUUUGUUCCGAUUUAGGGUUUUCGGAGUCAAAUAUUUCAGUCCUUUUCGGAUAUUUCUAAAUUUCGUUCGGGUUUGGAUUCGAAUAACCCAUUAAAUGUUUUUAAAAAAAUUUAAAAUUCAUUAUUUACUUUAAGUUUCUCAAAAUCUAUAAACAAAAUAUGAUAUUACAUACAAAUUUGAAUAACAUAUGUCAAAAUAACUAAACUUAACAUAUAAUUUGAUUUUGUUUGAAUAUUUGGGUAUAAAAUCAAUAGAUAUUUUCAAUAUUUUGGUGUUUUGAGUAUAUUUUAGCUAUUUUAGACAUUUACAUUUGACUAUUUGUAUAUAUUUCAAGUAUUUUGGACAAUUUAAAGUAUCUUAUAUAUUUUGGAUGUUUUUAAUAGACAUUAAAUCUAAAAUAUAUUUAUAUAAGGGGGUAUAGAAAUCAAUUUUGGAUACAUUCGGGUACCCGAAAUACUUUGGUUCGGGUCAGGUUUGGUUCUGGUUUUUUAAAUAACAAAAUUUUGAACCCGUUCGGAUAUUUAAUUAAUUUUAGUUCGGGUUUGGUACUACUUUUUUGGGUCAGGUUCGGUUCCAUUCUUCGGAUUCGGAUUUUUUUCCUAGCCCUAGUUUGGUGGAUAAAUCAUGGACUCCCACCUCUCAAUUCAGUGGAUGUGAAUAAGUUUGGAAGGACAUCUCUGGAAAAAAAAAUUAAUGCAAUGGGGACACGGAACAUAAGACGACAUGAAUUGGCCUUGUAUUCAGAAUUAGAAGCACUGAUCUUGGCGACCUGCGCACACCCAAUCGGUUGAUCCUAGAUAUUCUAACAAUUGAUCGCGGCCACAAUCGGUCGAUCCGCAGGUGGCUGCUCGAUCAUCAGUCCAAUCAGCUUAUUUUGUUUUGGCAAGUUUUUUUUUUUUUGUUUUGAAAACCUGAAAGAUAGAAAAACUAAAGCAAAACUCAAAAGCAAUGUGAAACAAUGUGAAUUAUGAACACUUAUCAUGGGUUCCCUCUUGUUUUAAGUCUUUAGUUUGACUUAUGAACACACGUGCUGAUCAUGAGAAUCAAAAGGAUGAGCCAAUGCACUUUUUGUCCUUCUCCUUCUAGAACAAGAAACAAAAUGUGCAUAUAUCAUGAAAUACUUCUUGAUAGUCAGAUACUCAUAAGGAUCACAUGCAUUUAGUCAAAUGCAGGUGUAAACAAGUUUGACACGAAACAGUCAAAUUUUUUUCUCUCAAUCAUAUAGAAAACAAUGUUUUCAUCCUUAUGAUCACUCUUAACCUCAUGGUUUUUUUAAUCUCAUUCACGAUCUUAUCAACACCUAAAUAAUCCCCUAGGUUGGGUAUAUUAAGAAGAGAUCUAGAUUACUCAGUAAUCACAAAGUCAGUUUUAAGAUCAUUGGAAGCACAAAGAUAACUCAUAUCAAAACAUACUUCAUGAUAAUCCCUAAUAAAAUUUACUCUUACAAUAUCUAGUCUUUCAGUCUCAAAUAUUAGAUCAUAACUUUCAUCAGCUAGAAAAAAACAAUCCAAAUCAGAGGUAACAUCUACAAUACAAGGCAAAUGAUUAUCCUAAACAUCAUGAGACUCAACAGUUGAGUCACAUGUAGCUUGUAGUUGGGAUAGUGGAUGUAAGACCUGAUCCUGGAUUCCUCAAUCCAACCAGACCGCGGCUUACAUAACCGUCCUAUCCAGUUUGAUUCCUUUUCUUCUCAUUUCAAGUGUAAUAUUUUUCUUAUAAUUUAUCAGAGUUUGAGUUUUAUUAAAUCAUACUUAGACAAUCAGAUUCAAGUAAAGGCAAAUCGACAUUUCAUAGAUAGUAAAUGAGAUCCAUACAUCAUCCAUUCGUUCAUACUACUAGAUUACACACUUAGUCUAUCAAAAUUUCACAGUUUGCACAAUAGGCUAUCAAUACUUCACAUCUAUCAACAAUGACCCAAUCACCACACAUCAUCUUAUGGCUGGAGUCCUCACGGAUCCUUUCCUUUACCACGGUCCAAGUCUGUACCUUACGCUUGCGGUCUCCUUGUGCCGCCUCCUUCUCCUUCUCUUUCUCCUUCUGUCUUCUAUCCACUUCACAAGCCUUGUCUCUCACGGCCAAGCCUUCACCGGAACAGAUCAAGCCUCCACUCGGUUUCUCUUUAGGCCGCCGGUCUCUCUCUCUCUCUCUUUUGGUCUCUCUCUCUCUCACGAUCUGGACAGAGUUUUCCCUAAGGAAUAUGAUGCCAAAAUCGACCCCAGAGCCCUUUAUUUAUAGAGAUAGGAACCGGUAACUGCUUGGGCAAUCGGUUGCAAGGGAUUGGCCGAAAUGGUGCCACUAGUCCCUUUGCACAUUUUCGCCCAAAACCACCCCAAAAACCGUCCCAUAACCGCCCAAAUGCUCCCUCUGCAAUUUCCUCCAUUGAAACCAUCCCCAAGGCUCUUGCCCAAGCCCUGGUUCGAACCUGGUGCACACGGCCCCCAUUGUCCCACACGAGCCGCCGGCACAUCCUGGUAACCGCUCGGCUCCGGCCACACUGGUCCGGACCGGAAUACUCCGCCAAUCUGAGAUGAGCUGGCCAUUAGAUUUCCCCAGCUGAGUGAGCUAGUCCAUCAGCUCCAGCAAGCUGGCCAUGACUAAGUGAGCUAGAUCCAAGCUUCACCUAGCUGAUUGAGCUUGAACUGGAACUCGCCCAGCCCCCGGAUCACUCGUCCAGCUCUCUUUAAGUUGUCUCCAUCGUAUCAUGGUUAAGUCUCAGCUUCUUGCCUUCCUUAACCUUCAGUUUGGGCCAUGAUACGCCUGUCUCAAGGUCUCUCGACCUGACUGGUGCGUCUCCUCGCACCAUGGCCCGUCCGGAAGAUCCUAUCUAGGAUCGGGGACAUGACAUUGGAACCCAAUAUAUUAAGUGCAUGAGCAACCUUUAUCUUUUCAAAUGUGAGCUAUCUUCCUCCUAGUGCUGCCUGAUGUGACAUAAGAUUUAACCAGAUCAUAGCUCCCAGUUCAAUCCUUGUCAACAUUGGGUACUCUUUGUAAAGCUCAUCUACCUUCACACUUUGUUUUGUGGGAGUACACUUCCAUAAAAUGAGUGUUCUACAUAUGGCUAAUCUAGAAUGUAAUCUCCGAAAGUGUCAUUCUCUUCUUGUGGCCAGUCAUUGUAAUUCAUGGUCAUUACUGUAAUGAAAGAUCUAAACUAACCUCUAGUCCUAACCUCGUAGGUAAUUCUAUUGGUCACGGAUAACUAGAUACAAUUAGAUUUACUCUUAAAAGUAUAUCACAAGUGCAUUGUGAACCACAGUUGUAUAUUAUGGAUCGAAUCCACAAAAACCAAGACUACACUACAAGUUCGCAAGUGCAUUGUGAACCACAGUUGUAGAGCUACGAAGAAAAUAUGUUUUUUUUAUCUAAAGCUAAUCAAGUAUAAAUAUGCAGAAAGAUUCAAUGUAUAAGAAGGGCAUCAAGGAAAUCUAAGGGAUUCAAAUAUGCAGAUAACAGAUGAAUCAAGGAAAUCAUUGAUAAAUGUUCUCAGAAUUCCUAGCUUAACCUACUUGUGCAGUGCUAAACCCUUGUAUUAGAAACUUAGAGAGUAACUUCUGUUGAAUUUCGUAUUCUAAACAUGCAUAAAGAUAGAGUUUGAUAGAUUUAUGACACUCCCUAACAUUAAUUUAUGUUGGCUAAGAAGAUUACUCAUCCACAUUCGUUCAGAUAUGUAAGCAAUCACUUUUGUGCAUUAAAAUACAUAUGAAUCAGAAACAAGGUCAUGAGUCUAAUUUCAUCAUUAAGAACAACUUAGAUGAAGAAUCUAAUUGAUAUAUCCUUAUCUAAAAAUCUGAGAUCCAAAAGUCAUAAAAUCCUUUUGAAAUCUCUAAACCCCAAUUGAGAAACAACUCAUACAUGACAAAAGAAACAGAUAAAGAGGAUGAAUAAUACAUAAUAUGAUAAAACACAAAAGGUGGGGUUCAAAACACUUCUCCAAAAGUAGAGACGAAUCUGUCUUCCCAAAACUCCAAACCUAAAAGUAUGAUGAUAAAGAAAAUGUAGUCUAAACAGUCGCUGAAAAUAAGAGUAUAGGUCAAAAUCACGUUCUUGUCGAAUUUGAGGCUAAACCACAUCGAAAAUCAAGAAAACCAAAUGUUUUCUUUUUAGACAAGUGUUUAGUAAAAUAUGCAUAUCUUUCAAUCUAACCAUUGGAUCAAUCUUAAACCGGUGGGAUUAGAAAGCUAACUCAGUUCUAUAUCUUGUGUCAAACUUUGAACUCAGUCGCACCGUAGGAAAUAUUCAAUCAAUUGCUAUAGUUCCGACAUAUCUGAUUUUUGGUUCAUAGACUCAUUAAAUAAAUGUAGGAUUUAGUUUGUUCAAGACUGAUUUUAUUUUUUGGUGAGUUUAUUCAAGUCUGUUUUUAUUUAAUUUCCGAAUUCUGAUAUUUAUAGGUCUUAUUCUCCUAUAAUUGAUUCGAGUAUUCGGAUAAGUCGAGUAAAAAGCACCCAUUUUGGAUCUGUUCGGAUAAAACAGCUAAACCUGAACCAGAACCGAAUUUUCUACAGUUACUUCGGAUAUAUCCAAAAUUAUCCGGAUCCAAAAAAUAUCGAACCAAAUCCGAUCCGAGUUUUAUAAAUACCCGAUCGGUAACAAUUUUUACAUAUCUAAAAUAUCCGAGAUCCGAAAUACCUGAUCCGAACCCGAUUCGGUUAUCCGAAUGCCCAAGCAUACAAUUUGACACUUUCUGCUCCAACUCGACCGACUAACUGAAAAGACGCGUUAAAGACUAAAAUAAUCUAGAAGACAUACUGUGACUCGAUAAACAACUCAAAAAAAAAGUUAGAAACCGACCAAAUCUACGUUUAUCCCAUCCCAUGCCGUCCAUCAACCAUUAGGAAAUCUUGUAUUUCUAAAACUGAAUUCCACCAUUUAUGCUUAAAACUCAUAUGUAUUUGCAUUAUUUUCUGUCUUUUUCUUCUCUAAAAAUCUUGAAACAGUUGAUUCGAAACAACCAAUGAGACAUCAUGGGAUGAGUAUGACUAAUGAUUUUUUUCACUUGGAGAAGAACAUUGGAAUGCGAUUGAGCGGAGGCAUUCGGGCUAUUGGGCCGAGUUCGUGCAUCGGGAUUAUGGCACCAAGUAAAGUCAACAUGUUUAGCCGAGUACGGGUGUCGAGCUGAUGGCGCGAAGUAGCACUAAGUUGAGCUGACUUAACGGUCGAGUUCCUUAUUUAAUGGGACUUGUGAAGGGAUUUAAUCCAUCUCCAGUACCUGUCAUGCCUAUUUUUCUUAUUCUAUCUUCUAACAGUGAGAUUGUAUCUUCUAACAUUAUGUGGCACCAUCAUCCAGUUCAAGUUAGUUGAAUUAUAAAAUUCAGGUGUUGCUGAUUUUUUUUUUCACGUAAAAGCAUUAGAUUAGUUCUGUCACAUACAUCUAAGGGUGUAACAAAUAUUUUGGAAGAAACAUGAGUUUGGUUCUCUAUCAUCUUUGAGAAAGAAUAUUACAAAAAAAGAUUCUCUAUAUACAAAUGCAAAGUUACUGAAAAGAUUGGAAAGGGUCGUUAACUCGUAAAAGAACAUGCAUAAACAUGUGAUUCAAGGGUUCUUCAUCCCACAAGUAUCAGAGAGGUUAUUAACCUCCCUAUAUGUUGAAUGUCCAAGGUUGUAAACUCCAAAUUAUACAAUAACAGGUCGGAUGAAGUUUCUCCCGUAUGAUCUUCACCACUCUGAGAAUGUAUAUGUUUUGAGCAUGGUUUAGCGAGACUAACUCGAAAUAAUAGCAUAAAAGAACCGCUCAUGAAACUGACAAGAAACCUAAUGUAUGUUCAGAGACUAGUAUUGCAAAAAGGAGUGAUAAAAUGAUAGUGUAACAGUUUCCAUAGCCACAAGAUGAAAAUGAUCCUAGACAAACCACUGACCUCAUGAGAAGUAACCCAGUAGGGUGGAGGCCAGAACAGGUUGGUAUACUUCAGAAGUCGGUGCACCAUUUCUGAAAUCAAACACUCCCAAGUCUCGACCUUGCAUCCCACCCAAUUCAUCAUCACUGAAGAAAACAGAGCUUCGACCACGAAGAGGCAACAAAUCAGAAUCUGAUGCUGAAAAAGUGCAGUCAUCUCCAAGGAACAACAUUCUAUCCCCAAGAUCUUUCACCUCAACCCAACUCUUCUCUCUUUCCAUAAACUUAAAAGCUUUUUUAAACUUCACCGUCCUCUCAUUCAUAAGAACCGCUUGAUGCUCAUAGACCUCCUCAGCGAACCCCGGAUCCCCAUCAACCUCCUCCAUACUCAAAUACAUAUCAACUAGCAACAUCUCACCACAAGACUCAACUAAAAACUUCUUAUCACCGCCAUAGACAUGACUCGCAUCCAAUGUCAGUUCCAAAGAGAUAAAAUCUACAGACACAGUCCUCCAAUUGUUGUCAACAGCAAAGAAAGAAACGUCCACCAAACACAAUGAUAUCAUCAUAAGGAGAAGGCAUGUCAUUGAUCACGGACCAACCUCGAUCACAAUACCUAAGCACAUCUAACCAGGGCCGGCUCAAACGUUUUAGAGGCCCCGGGGCAAAACUAAAAAAGUGACCCUUAACAUGUGAAACUGUAAUGUUGAUAUUGUAGCUACUAAGUAAUAUAAAACAGUUUUUGUUUGAAAAUGUAAACAUAACCAUAAAAUUAAAACAGUCUUGAUUCUUUUAUAGCUUUUCUUGAGAAUGAGAUGACUUGCUUUCACAAAAACCUUUAUAACAUGUUCUCCUGGAUCUGAAAAAAAAAACAGCAGUCAUCUUAAAAAGAAAUGCAAUCAUAAGAAACAAUUUUUCGAGCUUUACUCGAUGCAAAGUCAUGGAUAACAGUUUCAAAAUCAAUGCUUUCUAGGUUAUUCUUUUCAAUACAUAAAAUAGCUAAACCAUUCAAUCUCUCUUGAGACAUUGAAUAUCUUAAGUAAUUUUUCAACAACUUUAAUUUUGAAAAACUCCUCUCAGCUGAGGCUACAGUCACAGGUGUAGUCAAAAGAAUUCUAUAAGCAAUUGAAACAUUUUGAUAACAACCUACACUUUCAACAAACUCAAGGACUUCAGUAGGUUUCUAUAGAUACAUCGGGUAAAGUCGUUUGCAGCAUUCUCAAUUCAGAAUAAAGAUCAUUCAAAUCAACAUCAGAAGAAUCACCAUUAGAAAAAGUAUUGUAAAAGUUAGUGCAAUGAGUCCGAAGUUCACUUUCGUCUAAUAUUUUUAAUUUCAAAGAAUCAAAUAAAAACCCAAAAACACUUUUUAAAUUCAUCAUUUGAUCAAACCUGUUCUUCACUGAAGUAAAUGCCAUGUCCACAACAACUAAAAAGUAAUCAACUCUAAAAGCAUCUUCACCUGAUUGUACUUGUUCACCUGAAUCAGUUUCAUCAAACCGUUUUUUUUUUCUAAAGACACGACGUUUAUUUGGAAAAACAUGAUCAACAUCCAUCUCAUGAGCAAUAUUUUUAGCUACAUUCAAACUAGAAUUGAACCCUUCAUCUCUAUAAUUCUCAAAAAACAUAAUUACACCUUGGAGUUGUUUUAAAGCAUUGUCAAUGCACAUAGAUUUAGACUGUAAGCUCUUACUAACCGAGUUAAUAGCAAACAUAAUUUCAUACCAAAUGACCAUGCCAACUAAAAAUACAAAAUUAUCAAAUGCCAUAAUUAAACUUUCGGCAUCAAUUUUUUCAUAGCAUCAUCACAUGAUUCAUACAAUUCUCUUAAAGCUGACUUUACUAGCAAAGUUUGAAAUUGGAUAGGUUUCACACUGUUAAUUCGGCUUUCCCAGCGAGUAUUGGAUAAUGAUUUCAUUGUAAAAAAAGGAACAUGGUCAAGCAAAAUAUUCCAUCUCUUUGUAGAACCAGAAAACAGGGUAUAUAUGCGUUGCACAACUCCAAAGAAAGAAAUAGCUUUCAAACAUGAAUGGGCCAUAUCACUAACCACAAGAUAAAGACUAUGACAAGCACAUGGCAUAUACAAAGCUUUUGAAUUUAUGUCAAGCUAUCGUCUUUGAACAAUGUUUUGCUUUCAUAUUAGAACCAUUGUCGUAACUUUGACCCCUCAAAUUAUCAACAUCAAGAGUAAGAGACAUUAGAACAUCUAAUAAUUUUUCAAAGAGCCGUAGACCAGAUGUGUCAUCUACCUUUAGAAACUUUAAAAAAAAUACUCUUCUACUUUAACUUCUUUUUUGACAUCAAAAGGUUGUUCUAUUACUCAAACUAGAGGUGGUCUGGGUAUCCAUACCGGAAUAGAACAACCAACAAAAACUAGAUUUCUAUGAAAAGCUCGAGCGGUCUUUGCUAGUGCGUUGCUGUCUUGUUCUUUGCCCUUGGUACAUGAAAGAUCUUGAAGUUCGGAAAGUGUCUUUGAAUAGCUGCUACCUCUGAUAACUCCGUGGAGAAACUUGGCCAUGCUCUUGGGUCCUUGAUAAUCGAGAUUAUGUCCUUGCAGUCUGUUCUGAAGUUCUUGCAUGAUGUAUGUUGACUCAUAUUCUCCAUUGCCCAUAUUAGUGCCUCAAGUUCAGAGUGUACUGAAGAUAACCUUCUCUGUUUGCUCCUCAACCCUAAGAGUUGUUCCUGCCAAGUUCCAUCUAGCCAUACCCACCCCAAUCCGCUAUACUGCAAAACUGCAGUCCAAGAACCAUCAGGCAGAUAUUCUCCAAGCUAACGCCUUGUAUAUCCCCAAUAUGUUGUGGUGGGUCUGUAUCAUCACUUUCAUUUCGAUUUACAUUGAACCAGGCAUUUCACUCAUUCUGGGCAUGUCUAAUUAGUUCCUCUGGCUCACGUGAUAUUCCUCUAAAUAAUUUUCAUUCCUUGCUUUCCAAAGAUACCAUAUAAUCCAUGGGUAUGGAUCUCUGUCUAAGUUCGGAUCUUCUAUUUCACUCUUCCUCCAGAACAGAUAAUCUAGGUUCGUAUAGACGCUUGAUAUUGGGAAAAUGCCAGGACACGAAGGUGUGGAUGCUAAUGUGCAUGCUUGCAAAGCAGUAGGGUAUUCAAAUAUAGCAUGGUUAACUGAUUCAUCAUCCUCUCCACAUCUUGGACAAUAAUUAUCGCAAUGCAUAUGAUGCCGUGUCAGAUUUCUCAUUACUGCCAUAUAUCCUGAAACCAUUUGCCAAAUCAAAUGUUGGAUCUUUUUGGGGGCCUUGAUCUUCCAGGCAUAAGCUUGCAGCUUAGUUAUACUGGGCUCGGAUACCACUUCCUCGGGAGAUUGAUACAUUAUAUUUCUUGCCACCCAAUAUCCAAACAGAGUUGUGUUUGUUCCUUGUCAAGAAGAAAUACUGUGGCAUAGGAAGUGUUCUCGUCUUGUCUUGUGUUUGUUCCUUGAUACAUUAUAUUUCUUGCAUAGGAAGUGUUCUCGUCUUGUCUUGUGUUUGUUCCUUGAUACAUUAUAUUUCUUGCAUAGGGACAUUGGUCAUUUACAUUUGUGCAGUGCUAAAACCUUUUGUGCUCUUGUCGUGUGAGGCAGAAUUCAUGGCGGAAACUGAAGCAACAAGACAAGCGUUAUGGCUGCAAGAGUUGCUGAGUGAGAUCACCGGAGAUCCUUGUGAAUAGGUCACCAUACGAAUUGAUAAUCGGUCUGCUAUUGCUUUGACUAAGAAUCUUGUUUUUCAUGGAAGAAGUAAACAUAUACAUUCUCGAUAUCACUUCAUACGUGAAUGUGUUGAGAGGAAGUUGAUAGAAGUUGAGCAUGUACCUGGCACUAAACAAAAGACGGAUAUUCUAACUAAGGCGUUGGAAAGAAUCAAGUUUGGAGAAAUGAGAGACUUCAUUGGCAUGCAGGAUUUGGAGAAAAGAGAUUGAGAGAGAAUGUUGACAUAAGCUUGAAAUAACUUAUUGUGCAAGUUACCUAAUUCUAUUGAGUUAUAGAAAUAAGAAAAUAUCUAUUUGUGAUUCCUAAUGAGUUUAGGAAAGUUUGAGUUAUAUAUAAGAAGAUGCAAAGUAUGUUGCAUAACUUAUGAGUUGUGAGAUUUAGUUUUGAGGUUAUUUUCUAAAGCAAUAAGAUUUGAGUUCUUAUUAAUUGUGUGUGACGAAGUUCUGUGUGUGGCCUAGGGUUCAUUGUGUGAGAGACCUAAGGAUAAUUGUGUGUGGUAUCGGCUUGAUACAAUAGCAGGAAAUCCUGUUUUAGCCAAGGAGGCUACACAAAUUGGUUACUGGUCUCUGACCGAAAACUACUACGAUGUUUGCUGGAGGCUCUGGUACUAAAUAUCCAAAGAGAAUCGAGCAGCUAGUGUUGUUCUUCUGAAGAUGCUUCUAGAGAAAUGGAAUAACCAUUCUGUCAAAUUACUAUCAUUAUCACCACGACCCAACGCAAUGAGUGAAUUCUUUUUUUUUUAAUGUAUAUUCACUAUGUCUAUGAUAUUAGCUGACGAAGGUAUUAGUAAAAAACAGAACCUUGAAUCGAUCCUUAAGUUUUCUGCUCCAAAUUGGGUAUGUAAUCAAAUCUGCUACCAUUGCUAUAGGAAAUACUGUUUUAGCCAGAGAAGCUACAAAUAUCGUUAUCUGGUCGCUGGUGCUAUAUCUGUAGAGAGAAUCCAGACGCUAGUCUUGUUAUUCUUGAAACUCUUGUACAUGACUUUAAGGUUCAUUCCCCCAAGCUAUCAUCAUCAAGGGAGGGGUGACAAACUUUAUUGUGGAGAUAUUCACUGUUUCUUUGAGACUAGCUGGAGAAGCUAUCAUUGACAAACAAAGCUUUUAAUCGGUCAUUGAGUUUUCUGCCUCCAAAUAUAGUUUGUACUCUCUGUUGCAGGAAAUCCUAUUGUAGCCAGGGAAGCUGCAGCAAUCGCUAUCUGGGCGCUGACCAAAAAUAUUGUUGGCUGGAGGCGCUAGUACUAUCUCUUUGAGAAGAAUCUAAAAGCUAGUGUUUUUCUUCUUGAAACUCUUUUACAAGAUGACAAGUAUGAUUUCCACAAGCUGUCGUCGAGAGCUACUCUCACUAUUAGUCAAGCUAUGAAGAGCUUCUUGAUAAAGGUAAUGCCUCUUACUUAGUCUUCUAUGCUAACUAUUUUCACCAACCGCUCGGUUGUAAUUUUUUCAUCUUUGUGCGGAACCUGUGGUGUUUUCGUAGAACAGUGAAGGCGUUGCAUCUGUGUGUCUUAAAUCUCUGUGCACCAGUAAAAGCCCAGCACUCGUGCGUCGGACGAAGAAGAUAAACUCGCUAACAAGGUUGACAUCUGGGGGGUGCGGUGGCCGAAGGCCCCCGCGGUACGGUAUGCCUUUUAGGUUUAGGAAAAUUUACUUUUUCUAGAUAAAUAUGUAUUCCUAAAGGAUAAAAAAAAUCGGGUUGUGAAGCUGCUAUAAAUAUGGGUCUAAGGGUUUGUAAGAUUUAUUCAUUCACACAAUAAUAAGAAACCCUAAACGGAUAUUUGCCUCAGUACGUUUUGUUUUCUAUUGUCUUCUUGCUUAAUUUGUGGCUGUUCACAACAGAAGACAUCACUGCAGGAGGAGCCAAUGGUAAUCUUUACAAAGAAGCUGACAAGUCCUGCAAGGUGAUAUUAGGGAGGCUCUCCCCUGGAAAUUGCAGCAGCCUCAGAGGUGCAUGCAUUACUGAUGUGGUUCUGGUUCUUGGUUCUGUACUUGUUCUGAUCGGUCUGACCACCGUGUUUGGUUGGAUUUAGGAGUCUGUUUAAAGCAAGCAAGUGCUUACAAUGUUUCAUUUGUCUGGCGAUUAAUUAUUUAUACUUUCCGUUUCUUUUAUGUUUAUUUAAUUAAUGAUGAAAUACAUACUUGUUUGGGUUUAAUAUUUCUUUUGAGAUUGAUAUUCAUUUGUAUAUUUUGUGUUGGAACUCAAGAAAAAGAUCGUCUAAACAAAGUUGUUUAAACAAGGUUGUUUGCACGAACUAUCUUCAGUAAAAAUGGGGUCCUCUAAAAGCGAUCCCUCUGGAGAGAAGAGGUCCAAGACAAUCCGCAGUGAUGAUCUCAAAGAAUGGAUGUCGUGUAUUUGUGAAGACGUAUUUCGAUGGCUGAGCCAAUGAUUCAGUUUGUGUAUGCUCAACAAAAUCUCCCUUAAAAUUUUAGAUAAAAUUUAGUUUCAAAAGAAAAAAAAUAGAUAAAGAUAUAGAAAUGAAAUCACUGAAGCUAUAUAUUAAACAGUGGCUAUUGAACACUUAUUUACACCAACUUAUAAGGAUUGGACUCUCUCAAACCAAGUUAAUAUUAUUUGAAAAUAAUUAAAUAUUUUAAAUUGCUUUACAGUACACCACCCCAUGCAAUUACACGUAACACUUUUUAUUAAUUAGUCAAAGUCUCGUGCCAUGCAACACAACAAGCGCCGAAGUUUAUGUUUCCUUGUCUAAAGUUCGUAAAUCUGUUCAGUCUUUUUUUUUUUCACUUUCUAAAUGGAUUUCAGAAACUCUUUCAAAUCUCACAGCUCUUACAAACAGAUUCGUAGCCCAGGAGAUCAAAGCGAGACAAGCACUCCUGAGCACCGUCCGAUUCUCCACGAUCCCGAUAUGGACCACCACAAAACAGAGAGCUCUAGUUCUUUCCAUGAAGACUGUCGGGACGCACCCGUGGAACGUGACCCUAGCUACAACUUUUGGCAAGACAACAAAACUUCCGAACAGGCGGCGGCUGCAGGAACCAGCGGCAGAGAACCAACCGUUAUGACUCGAAAGAGCGGUAGAAUAAGCAGAAGUUUCAACUUCGGAUCAGGAAAGCCCCCACCCAUGGAGGAAUCUCCGACGAAAAUGGCAGGAGGAGAGCAACGACAAUGGGGAGGAGGAGGAGAGAUCACAGUCGAUGUGGAUCAAGAGAACGAGGAGGACGCAAGUCGCCACACGUUACCAACGCCAGCAUCAACAGCUCGGACAUCAUUCGACGCAUCUAGGGAACUGCGAGUCUCUUUCAAAGUCCGUGAAGCUGGCAGUACAACCUUCACCGGUUCGGUUGCUUCUUCGUCUUCUACUACUCCAUCGUCUUCUUCGUCCGCGACACUGCGGACGAAUCAAGACACACAACAGCAGCAGGAAGACGAGGUCGUGAGAUGCACUUCAAACACGUCGUUUCAGAGGAAGUCAGAGCUUAUUUCAAGGGUUAAGACAAGAUCAAGGCUUCAAGAUCCGCCGCGAGAGGAAGACACGCCUUACUCUGGUUGGAGAUCUGGUCAGUUGAAAUCCGGUUUACUCGGGGAUAUUGAUGAAGAGGAUGACCCAUUAGCCGAUGAAGAUGUACCUGAUGAGUAUAAAAGAGGGAAGCUCGACGCGAUAACAUUGCUCGAGUGGCUUAGCUUAGUGGCUAUAAUAGCUGCACUGGCGUGUAGCUUAUCGAUACCUUCUUGGAAGAAAGUGAGACUUUGGAACUUACAUUUAUGGAAAUGGGAAGUGUUCUUGCUUGUUCUUAUAUGUGGGAGGUUAGUCUCAGGAUGGGGGAUCAGAAUCAUCGUCUUCUUCAUCGAAAGAAACUUCCUUUUGCGGAAACGUGUUCUUUACUUUGUGUACGGUGUAAGAAGAGCUGUUCAGAACUGUCUCUGGCUAGGUUUGGUUCUCCUCGCGUGGCAUUUCUUGUUCGACAAGAAAGUACAAAGAGAGACAAAGAGCAAGUUUCUUCCUUACGUAACCAAGAUCUUGGUGUGUUUCUUGUUAAGCACCAUCUUGUGGUUGAUCAAAACGCUGGUGGUUAAAGUCAUGGCUUCUUCUUUCCACGUUAGCACCUACUUUGAUCGGAUUCAAGAAGCUAUGUUUAACCAGUACGUGAUCGAGACGCUAUCUGGUCCUCCCAUGAUUGAGAUGAGCAGGAUUGAGGAAGAGGAAGAGAAGGCUCAAGAAGAGAUUUUCAAGAUGCAGAACGCAGGUGCUAAUUUACCGCCGGAUCUCUGCGCGGCUGCGUUAGCACCGGGGAAGAGCGGGAGAGUGAUGAACCCGAAACUCUCACCGAUCAUUCCGAAAACAACGGCUGACAGUGGGAUCAGCAUGGAGCACCUUCACAGGAUGAAUCACAAGAACAUCUCAGCUUGGAACAUGAAGAGGCUAAUGAAGAUUGUGAGACAUGUUUCUCUUACCACGUUAGAUGAGCAGAUGCUUGAAUCCACAUACGAAGAUGAAUCCACCAGACAGAUACGAAGCGAAAAAGAAGCUAAAGCAGCGGCAAGAAAGAUUUUCAAGAACGUGGCUCAACGUGGCGCAAAGCACAUUUACAUGGAUGACUUGAUACGGUUUUUGCGAGAAGACGAGGCGAUGAAGACAAUGAGCCUAUUCGAAGGUGCACCAGAGACCAGAAGGAUUAGCAAAUCAGCUUUGAAGAACUGGCUGGUCAAUGCUUUCAGAGAGCGAAGAGCUCUUGCCCUGACACUCAACGACACCAAGACAGCUGUGAACAAGCUCCAUCACAUGAUCAAUAUUGUCACUGCCAUUGUCAUAGUUGUUAUAUGGCUUGUCCUUCUCGAAAUUGCAUCCUCAAAGGUACUUCUCUUUGUAAGCUCACAAGUUGUACUCUUGGCCUUCAUCUUUGGGAACACUGUCAAGACCGUCUUCGAAUCAAUCAUCUUCUUGUUCAUCGUGCAUCCUUACGAUGUUGGUGAUCGCUGUGAGAUUGACGAUGUACAGUUGGUGGUGGAGGAGAUGAACAUACUUACCACAGUGUUCUUGAGAUAUGACAAUCUGAAGAUUAUGUACCCGAAUAGUCUUCUAUGGCAGAAAUCGAUUAGCAAUUAUUACCGAAGUCCAGACAUGGGAGACGCAAUCGAGUUCUGUGUCCACAUUACUACUCCUGUUGAAAAGAUUGCAACGAUCAGGCAAAGAAUAUCAAACUACAUUGACAACAAGCCGGAGUAUUGGCACCCAUCAGCCAAGAUCAUCGUAAAGAACGUGGAAGGUUUGAACAUGAUAAGGUUAGUAAUUUGGCCAGAUCACAGAUUUAAUCACCAAGACAUGCUUGAAAGAUGGUCACGAAGAUCCGUGUUGGUCGAAGAAGUGAUUAAGAUCCUCCUCGAACUUGACAUUCAGCACCGGUUUUAUCCACACGAUAUCAAUGUCAAAACAAUGCCUACCGUUGUCUCCAGCAGAGUUCCACAAGGCUGGUCAGAAAACCCUGCUUGAAUUUGAUGAGCAAACAAGGUGUCAUUGUUGUUGUUUUUUUUUCCUCAGACAAAUGCAAAAGCGGUCUAACAAUUUUUGUAACCAACAAACAUCAAUUAGCUUCUAUACCACAAUUUUGACCUUCUUAAGAUUUUGUUUCAACAUUUGGUUCCCAAAAGUUGUACACCGAUUAAUUAAUCUAUGACUUUACUACCCCUACAUGUGCUUUUAGUAUUAGGAAACAAACUAGGCUAACAUCAUCUAAUCCGUUGAAUCACAACAAGUUUGAACUUCUGAAGAUUCAUAUUACACCACUUGGUCGCUGGUACUACAUAGAGUUGUAAAUUAAACAAACAAGCAUCUUGGUGCUACUCUUGCAUGUGCUUUUAGGAUUAAGGAACAACUACAACCUCUUGACUAAUCACUGAUUAACUGUAUUUUAUCUGUUUUGAGUAUUUAUCAAAUCAAAUUAUGUGUGUUUAUAUUAUUUUAGUCAUUUAUCAAUUUUUAGUUUUUUUUAUUUGGAAUCGAACAAGUUCAUUUGGAUAGAAAAGAGCAUAUGAAGAUGCAGAAUUGUGCAUAUUCGCCAGAUGUCUAACAAUGUAUAUAAGACUUUCCACCAAUGGAUAGUUUGAUCAUAAGAUAGAGAAUUGAAUUACUUUAUAAUGCAAAUGGUUUGAGAUCGAUCGAACAGUGCCAUCAAAUGUUAUGCAUGUAUUACUGAAGAUUGAUAUGUAUACUAGUUCAAUAUAAGAAAAAGAAAAUUUGGCUUUCUUUAUUUUCUUUUGAUUUUUUCCUGAAUUCGAUUAUGACAUGAUUUUGACAUGUAUCUGAUAUUUUGAGCCAUUAUUUAGGCAAAUGCAAUUUUAAUCAUUUUUUUUACCGUCAUGUAUGCGUAGAUCACUAUUAUGUUAAAGGUUUCAAGGGAGUUCAUGGAUUGAUGAUUGUGAUUUGUUAUAAUAUAUUGUAAUCUAAGUUGAUUUAAAUACUUGAACUUGAUGGAUCACCAAGUUCAUGAUUACUACAUUUUUAGUGCAACGAAAGUUAUUGUUUAAAUGUUUGAACAAACUUAGAUGAACGAAAUAUUUUUGGUCAAUGGAAGUCUAUAUUUUAUGAACCAAUAAAUCAAAUUUACUACAUGUUUAGAUUUUUGAAUUCAACAGAAUUUAGUCUUUAUAUACCUAUAUUUAAGUUUUGAGAGAAUAAUACUAAGGCCAUCUACAUUGCUAGUAUCUCAUCAAGUCUUUCACCAAUUAAAAAAAUACAAAGGUGUUACUCUCUCUAUAUAGAUCAAACACGUUCAGAUAGAAAUUUCUGGAGGAACGUCUUGCCUGACCACAACUUGGUCUAAAGAAAUGGGCAGACGACAAAAAAAAAAUGAGAGAGAAAUCAAGAGACGUUACUACACUAAGCAACUUUCACAAAUUCAUGAGAGAGUUGAAUAGUGUCAUAUUCUGAUUGAUUCAACUUUUUUAUAUUUGAGAAAAUUACACACAUAUACACUUUUUGUCUUUGCAAUAACACUGAGAAGCACUUUUCGCUUGCCACACACAUUGUGGGUGCUGAAUGUCUAAUAUACUCUCCUAACACAGUUCUUCUCUCGUUACUUCUUACUCCAACCUAAAUAAAUUAUUUUUUUUUCUUUUAUUCUUUAGUGGUUAAACGCAAACUGAGGAGUCCACAACCCUGUAUCUUUAGGUAACUAGUUUUUUCAUGAAAAAAAAAUCAUAAAACCCUUCUUUCCCAAAUUCUCACAUGUAUUUUAUAUAUUUAAAUAAAUUCUCACAUUAUUAAAAGAUCCAUUUUAAUAUAUAUUUAUAUGUGUUUUAACAUUAUAUAUUCUCACAUAAUAUAUAUUUUCAUAUAUAUUAAUAUUCAUGUUUGGUAUUGCACUGUAGUUGAAGACAAAACAAUAGUAAGCCACAAACUUUUUUGAACAAAAAAAAAUAUGAAGAAACAAAGAAUGUGUGUAAGAAAUAUAUGUAUCCACAACUCUUUUGUCUACGAAUUUGAUAUCCACAAUUCGUUCGAACACAAUUUUUCCAUCCACAUCCACAAUAUUAAUAUAAAUCACUAUAUCCAUACAUGAAUCCACUUUUGGCUUGUUUUAGGCUAUUCGUGAUGAAUUUAUCAAGCACCGAGCAUUUCACAUUCGGAAUCUAUAUCUUUUCAUCUAUGCCCACAUUUUUUCGUCUAUGUCCAUAUAUUUUUUGUAUAAAUGUUAAUAUAUAAUAUAUAUAUAUAUAUAUAUGAAAGUGGAUGUUAAAAAUAGAGAAAAAGUGUAUAAUUUAUUGUAACAAUUAUUUUUGUUUUAUAUAUCAUAAAAUCUGAGAAAGACAUAUAUAAACACAAGGAGAAUAAACAAUAAUGAAA